AUGGCAAACCAACCCCACCCUUUACAACGGCUCUCCUCGCCUUCCCGGAGCUUCUCAGCCCUUGUACAUGCCAUCGGUCUUUUGUCAUACUCGUGCAGCUUUUGGUACCUUCAGCAGUUCCCAACCGAAAUUCACUUCGGGUUUGGUGGUGACUUUCAAUUUCUCACCAUCAUUGGGCUCGCUUUAGCGACGGCAACGUUUGCCUUUGGCCUGUUGGCCGAUCUCACUCUGAGCCCUCGGCUCUUUGGCAUCAAAAAUGUUCUCUCAGUGUGUUCAACACCCUUGGAGGUUCUGAUCAGCAUUCUGUACUGGAGCAUAAGUGCCAUUGACAAGUCCCUCCUUUUCCCACCAGAGUUCGCACUUCCAUUCCUCCCAGAUUUUGGAUUUCAUGCGAUGCCAGCCGUCAUGUUAACGAUGGAUCUGAUACUACUCAGUCCUCCUUGGACCAUCAGAGUUUACAGUGCUAUGGCUCUCAGUACCUGCUUGGCAUUUCUAUACUGGGGGUGGGUUGAAUAUUGCUUUGAGCAAAACGGAUGGUACCCGUAUCCCAUGUUUGAGCUGCUCAAAACUUGGCAGCGAGUGAUUCUCUUUUCAGUCUCAGCCGGGCUCAUGACGACGAGCACACUGGCUCUAAAGUGGCUGUACGGUAAGAUCAACGGUAUUGAACAGUUCAAGAAGGAAGCUCUUCAUCCCAUCAAAACGGAUUGA